AUGAGUUCAGCGGCAGAUUUAAGCGAAUAGGCAUCUGAUAGAGAUUUGGAAGAAGAUGAUGCAGAUAAGACAGAAAAUUAAAAUGAUAACGAUGAAGAUUAAGAAAAAAAUGAUGAUGAUGAUGACAAUGAAGAAAUCAAUUAAGAAGUCACAGGAUAAAAAAGAGUAACUUUCAAAGAUAACUAACCAGAUACAAUUAAGCAAGUUUAAAUGGAAGUAAAUGAUAUAUCAAAAGGCAUUGACUCCUUUUUGAUGAACUUGCAUAAGCUGCCUUAAAAUUAAUACAAUGAUAGAAACAGUUAAUUUAGAUCUUAACUUCAGCAAUCUUAACAAGGACCUAUUUACCCUAACUAUUCCUAAUUAAUGCAGACUGAAAAAGCUUAUUAAAGAGAUUUGCUGCCUUAACUGUAGGAUAAUCUUAAUCAGUAUAAGUAAGAGCAUAACAAAUUCUUUUAUUCAAAAUAAGACAUGGCAUCUGGGAGAUAAAUUUAAAAUAACUAAGAAAAAUACGUAAGCAGAAAUAGAGAUAUACCCUCAUAAGUUAUUAAUGAUAAGAGCUAUUCUUAAAUGAAUACUUCGAAAUAUAAUUAUUAUGGUUAAUAUAGACAUCAGUCUGAUAGAUUUGGUCUUCCAUCUUAAAAUAACUUGAGACUCUCACAUUCUUAGCAACCUCAAAACAUAAAUUAAAGUACUUAUUAAUAAUAUCAAUAAUAGCAGCAGUAAUAAUAUUCACUGUCAAAAAGAUCAACUAUCAAUGAUUUAAACUAUCAAAACACCUCGUAGAGAAAUGUUGAGUAAUAGUAAAAAUAAUAAAAUGGAAGCUCUUAUAACUUUAGUCGUAAUAUAGAAGACAUUAAUUCAUAAGUUGGCUAGCUUGCUAAAUCUAUCUAUUAAGAUACUCCAACAAAUAGAUAAAAUCCUUCUCAGUAUAUUCCUUCAUAUUAGAAUAGCUUAUCUAAACCUCCAUAAAAUUAACAAAGAAACUUUGAAUAUGACAGUAUAAAUCAAAGAUAAGAUUAUUCUAACUAUUAGAGUAUAAAUAUUGCUAAACAAAAAGAUGAAUUAGGAGAAUAUUCUAACAAAUCUUCAAACUAAAAUUCAUUUAAUUUUUCUAAAAACUAAACUGUUAGAGACCUUUAUAAAUAUCGUCCUAAAAGAGUAAUUGAUGAGUCAGAGCUUUAUGGUGAAAUUCAGUAAACGUUUAUCCCCAAUAAAACAAGUGUCUUAAGGAGUAAUUAUUGA